UGCAACAAUCAUAGUGACAUGAGGUGUCGGACCAACGAACGUGUUACAAAAAUGAUAACAUGAUGAAAUAUGCUUCGAAACGGACAGUUUCAUAAAGCACGGACUAAAGGCUAUCCGAGCAUGUGUGAUCAUGGUACCAGAAUAAGUGAGCAUAAGAAGAGUAAAUUCAAAAGUCCUGCCCAAAUAGUGUGUUUCAAUUUAUAUUGCAUUCUAAUUGUGAUUUGUUUAUCUAUACGAACUGCUAAUUCUAAUACCACAAACAUGAAUCGUCAUUUCAGUGAUAAAAGUGUCAAAGGUAGUGCUAAUAAACGUCAAAGUGAUUCGCCACACGAUGAUAAUUAUGAUGAUCAUGACGCUAACGCAAACGGGAAUGUAGAUUACACUAAAGUCAAUUUUGAACACAAUCCGUAUUAUAAUAGUGAAAGUUUUUUACAUUUGAAUAAUAAGUUUUACAACAGUGAAAACAACGCGUACAGCAAUUAUGAAGAUUACAAGAAAUAUUAUUUGAAUCCUUCAAAUCCUCUACCUAAGUCUAAUGUUAAAUUUAAAAUAAGUAGUCGAAUAGUUCAAACUAAAUAUGGAAAAUUACAGGGCAUAGUUUUGGCUAUGGACGAACACAGAUAUUUAAGUCCCCUGGAAGUUUUCCUAGGAGUUCCUUAUGCUACACCUCCGGUUGGAUCGAACAGGUUCAGUCCUACUAGGACACCCUCGCCAUGGGACGGUGUGAGAGUAUCAGACAGGCCAGGUCCAGCUUGUCCUCAAAAAUUACCAGAUCUCAACGACGAAAGGACCAUAUUAGAAAAAAUGCCUAAAGGCAGACUAGAGUAUAUGAAAAGACUGAUGCCUUACCUUAAGAAUCAAAGUGAAGAUUGUUUGUAUUUAAACAUAUUCGCUCCUUUACAAAUGGACGAAACAAAAUUAGCCCUGCCAGUGUUGGUCUACGUUCAUGGCGAGAGUUACUCGUGGAGCUCUGGGAAUCCUUACGACGGCAGUGUGCUAUCUAGCUAUACUGAUUUGAUUGUAGUUACAUUGAAUUUCAGACUUGGAGUACUGGGUUUUUUAAAUGCAAACCCGACACCUCAUUUGAAGGCUCGUGUUGCCAAUUAUGGGCUGAUGGAUCAGAUUGCAGCAUUACACUGGGUACAGCAGAACAUUGCGCUGUUUGGAGGCGAUCCAACUAAUAUAACACUAAUGGGACACGGAUCUGGAGCCGCCUGUAUUAACUUUCUUAUGAUAUCACCUACCGUUAUGCCUGGUUUAUUUCACAGAGCAAUAUUAUUAUCAGGUUCAGCUUUAAGUUCCUGGGCUAUAGUAGACGAUCCUGUAUACUAUUCUUUAAAAUUGGCUAAACAAAUGAACUGUAGUAUACCGGAAGACCUUACGAAAGACCACGAGGUCAUAGUGGACUGUCUUAGAGAGGUGUCUAUAGAAGAAUUGUUAUCAGUAGACAUAUCACCUCCCAAUUUUUUGACAGCAUUCGGUCCUUCAGUAGACGGUGUUGUUAUAAAGACAGAUUUCGCAAAAGACUUUCUGACUUUGUACUCCACGGGUGAUUUUCCUAGUUUCGGACCAUUGAAUAAUAUGAAUGCUAACAUGAAUGUACAUAAGAAGAGAAGUGAUAGUGGUAGAAGAUUGUUCCAGAAUAAAUAUGAUUUGUUGUUUGGAGUUGUGACCAGUGAAGCGCUAUGGAAAUUCUCAGCUCACGAUGUCCAAAAUGGAAUAGAGCCUGAUAGAAGAGAUCGAAUGUUAAGGACGUACGUCAGGAAUUCCUAUACAUACCAUUUGAGUGAGAUAUUCUAUACGAUAGUGAACGAGUACACAGAUUGGGAAAGAACGGUAGAGAAUCCGAUAAACACAAGAGAUGCGACCGUCGCCGCAUUAUCGGAUGCUCAGUAUGUAGCGCCGUUGGUACAAAGUGGGGACUUAUUGAGCGGAGGGCCUAAGCCAGUAUUCACUGACGAAGAUGGACCGCGGAGACCUACUAAGACUUUCUUUUAUGUAUUCGAUUACCAAACGAAAGAUGGAUUUUAUCCUCAACGAAUGGGUGCCUCUCAUGGAGAAGAAUUGCCAUACGUAUUCGGAGCACCCCUCGUGGAUGGUUUCAGCCACUUUCCCCAGAACUACACGAAGUCUGAAGUAGCAUUAUCAGAGUCCAUGAUGCUGUUCGUCGCCAAUUUUGCAAGAACCGGAAAUCCAAACGACAACACGCGGCAGGAAGUUCUAUUACCGGCUUCAAGGGAAAGGAACAAAUUUCGUGGAACAAACUGGGAAGAAUAUGAUUCUACACAUCAGAAAUACUUGGAAAUAGGUAUGAAACCUCGUCUGAAGAACCACUAUCGUGCACACCAGCUCUCAGUUUGGCUGCGUCUAGUCCCAGAACUCCACAGAGCUGGAAUGGAAGAUGUUGCAGCACGGCAUAAUUUAUUCAAAAAUCACAACGAACAAGACCUAUAUGAGGGUAUAGUUAGACCAGAUCCACUAGCCAGAAACAUUAAUGACAACGAUCAAAUUAGACGGAAUGGAUCCGUUUAUUCGGACACAGCUCUAACGACAGUGGAUACAAUUCUAGCUACAUGCGCCACUAUCCUACCAAAUGGAAGAGACCUGCAAACAUUAAACAAUACUGAUAAUGCAUUAGCUAACCUCGAAGCCGCCGGCUAUGCGGCAUAUUCAACUGCAUUAAGUGUUACGAUAGCAAUAGGCUGCUCGUUAUUGAUACUGAAUGUUUUAAUAUUCGCUGGUGUAUACUAUCAAAGAGAUAAAACAAGAUCGAGGAGCAAACAGCAGAGGUUUAAUGAGAAGCAUUUCGAAACGAUAUCGGGAAAACAUUCACAUUAUCAUAUGGAUCCAACGCACGCUCCGAGUCUAGUAGUUGACGUCGAGAGACAGAAUCGGAAAAAGCAAAUGAUGUCCGACCCUCAUUUAUCCGGUCUUAAUUUCAAAGGGCCACUAGACAUCUCGAAAUCACCGCCGAGCCCGUCACUGAGUAUAGACAAUAUGAUAUUGCCAAGCAAAUUGGGCAGUAGAAACAGCAGUUUUAGGUUACCUAACGUGAGUUAUCCGCAAGUGGGUGGGUACGCGACGAUGCCGAAGAAUUUGAACCAGUUUAAUAACUCCCCGCCCUUACAAGAGUUAAGGCAACAGAAAUUCCAGCCUCCGAACGGGUCGGCGGCGCAGGGCUCGCCGCGGGAGGCGGACGCGAGGGGGCCGCCCCACGCCACCCUCAGGAGGGGCAAGCCGGCUCACGGCCCCACUCUCCCUCAAGCGGCUAUUGAUGAAAUGAGAGUGUGACAAUUAAUUCCAUCUAACUUUACAUUACACGAUUAAAAAGUGUUUCUCGAUAAUUUCAAAGUGUUAUUCGUAUAUAUUUGGGAUUGUGACUGUAAAUAGAUGUGUGAUGACGGCGUUGAAAUUUUUUUUAGAAAAAUAAAAAUGUUAUCGAUUUUCUCAAUC